CAGACAUAACUACAGUGGAUGUCGGACCUCAUCGUUACCGCGUGUAUAAUGGUGCUAUGUGUGUUAAAUCCAGGGUGUAGAACUACAAAGAUUGACCUAAAAAUAGACACCAGGUAUACGGGUAUGUGUUAAGGCUCGAAUCAUAUAUAGCCGAUAACGCAUGAGGAAUUUACUUCCGGAUUGUCCGGCAAAUCGAAGGUUCGGCGAAUAACCCAUGGAUAUUUACCUGGUCACAAACGACAAGACCAAUACAUGAAAAAUGUAAUUUCUCAGGAUGAGUGACGGGUCGACCAGAAGUGAUCAUGGGGGGUCAAGAGAGGUCAAACUCCUAUCAACAAUAGGAGCAAAAGACUUAGUAAAACUUGGUCACGUGACUAAGAGCGGGUGGCUGAAACGGAAGACACUGCCAGGAAAUAAGAGGCUGUCUAUCGGCACUAUGACCUGGAGAUCACUGUUCUGUUGUGUAUCGGAAGGUUGUAUGUACCACUUUGAAUCAAAUACAUCAAAGAAUCCUAAGACAGUCUUCGUACUUACAGGAUAUAACAGGGUGUUCCGGGUGGACCAUCAACAGCGAGUAAACUGUUUUGAGAUCCAACCACCAGUAGGAGUCAACUCUCUCAAGACGUACAUGUUUUCCUGCGAAAGUGAUGACGACCGACUGGACUGGAUGAAAAGCAUACACGACGCUCUGCUUGUAGCAAAUCAACAACUACCUCCAGAUAGGCACAUACUUAUGAAGUUUGGGUACCCCGAGGUGGAAAGGUCUGUUCUGGUGGAGGCUCCGACCAGUGGCUACAGUAACAUUGACGAACUACAGGAGAAGAAAACGCAGCAAGCAAAACCCAAAACCGUAGAGCGCUACAAUCCGUGGGAUCAAGUGUUCAAGGAAAAGUCUGGUAGUAAAAAGAACAAGAAAACGAAGCAGUCGGAGGAGCCUAAAGAGGGAGGUGAAGAACACGUGUAUAUGAAUGAGGAAAACCGAAGAUUAUACAUGAAUCAACUUGGGAAAUUAGAGGCAGGACAGCAGGAUCAGGGAGAAGAAGAAGAAGAAGAAGAGGAGGAGGAGGAGCAGGAGGUAGAAGAGGACUACCUGUUCGAGAGUUCGGACGCAAGUGCGGCUCGAGCACUUCUAAAGGACUUGGUGAUUCAGACCUUCCUGGUUCGUAACUCACGUGAACAAGGGCGAAAGGUUUUAGUUGUCAAAAGAAAGGAUGAGUAUAAACAACACAAAAUCAGUAUCAACGGUGAUAUUUUUUGCGUGGAGGCAGCAGAACAAUUCAGAAGUCUGAGCAAACUGAUUGAAUAUUACAAACAAAAUGAAUUAUGUGGUUCAUGCCUCGGUAAUGGCUACAAAUACUAUGAAAGGUAAUUGAGGAUAAAGCAAUGUGGUUCCUGCCUUGGCAAUGCAUACAAAUUCUAUAACCGAGGAGAGUGUACGUGGCAUAUGUCUCGGCAACGGCCACACUGGACAAUGGUCACACCGGGCAAUUGCUACAACGGAAAGUGUUCAUACUUGACAAUGGUUUCACAUUCUAUUAACGAUGACAAUGUUUCGGUGGUUUGUGUCUCGGCAAUGGCUACAAUUGUGAUAGACGGCAGUGCUUUCUGAAUGUGUCUGGAACUACCCGAGAUCCAUAGACAUCUAUGUUUUACAAAGGAACAGUCGCAUUUUAACUUAUAUAUAUUUACAUGUAAAUAUUUUGUAUUUUAUAAGAUACCUAAGCUUUACUAUAGUGUAUGCAGUUUUGGACUACUAUUGUAAACAUUUGCGCUACAAUGUCACUAUGUCAACCAAGUAUACUGCGUGUACAAAUGGGUAGUCAAACUAUACGGAAGUCACGUUUGACUCUCGUUUGGAAUAUUUGGAUGGUAAAUUGACUGUUCCAUUAUGAAACCAGGAUAACAGUAAUAUUUAUUUCUAUUGCAAUUAUCAUAUUAUAUAGCUUUUUGAUGUAGAAAAUAUUAUUUUUUAAAUCACGUAAACUUUUUCUUCCAACAGGUCAAUGCUGCUAAGUAAAAAGCGAGCUGGUUACGGGCCAGCACCUCCGUUUCCUCUUUUGCUACCUAAACAUUCAAAAGGUUUCUUUUUUUUCAAUUUUCGAAUUUAGCUGACAUGCCUCCGCGGUGUGACGUCAUUAACAAACGAUAUCAAUAAUCGUAAUGAUGAAUACUAUUGUUAUGUAUCUAAAUAUUAUUUUAUGCUUGUAACAAUACAAAAAACACGACAUGAAGUUAGUACGAAUUAAUAAACAAAUGUUUUACGGUUGCUGUUACGAACUAUAUUUGAACACUUCAAUCACAGGAAAAUGCACGUGCUUUGGGCUGUUCCACCGAUCGAUCAUUCCUGUCGAUAUUGUGGGAUUUUUAUCUCUUUUCAUUUCUAUUUUUUCAAACGACAAAAAAAACCGUGAUAAUGUUAAUAUAAGUAUUAAACUGCUUUCUGAUGCGGUCGAUGGCAUUAUGAAUGCCCACUGCAUUACAGUUGAAACAUAUCAACGUUCUUUCAUUUUCCUCUCAUACAGUGAACGUUGAUAUGCCUAUAAACCGCAUCUUAAAGCGUUUUAAUUUUUAAAUAUGGAACACAAUAUUAGAAUUGUAAAAAAUGUGUUGUAUUUCAUAGAAUAUUAGAAUAGUUUUUGCAAAAUAUAUUUUAGAGCUCAAACGUGAAACUAUAUAUUAUUUGUACUAGAAUACCGAUAUGUUGCUAUCGUUUGUAUUAUCCAUUUUGUAAAACACAAGAGGUUCCUUCAUUUUGUUGUGUAUUUCUGAAACACAAGAAAGUUAUUACAGUUUGUCCUGGGUAUUAUUUUUAUAGAUUACAUAACAGAAGUUUGUCCUGGGUAUUAUUUUUAUAGAAUACAGAGAAUGAAGUUUAUUCUGUGUAUUGUUUUUUUAGAAGACAAUAAUGUUACUAUAGUUUAUAUAUUGUACUUUCAAUAACGUGUCACUGUAGAUAAUAAGAAUAAGGCUAGAGGUCAUCAAUCAAUGGUGGACCAGACCCAUCUUGGUAUCAUAUUGUCUUCAGGUCUUGCGGGAAAACUCGCACCGACUGGUUAAAUCUUUUUGUAAAUAUUUCCAUGUAUUUUUUUCAGGUUUAAAUCUUUUCAAUUUAACUCUUUUGUAAAACAGAAAAUAUUAAAACUGUUUAUAUUAAACUGUUACGUUCAGAUACAAGAAGAAUGGGAACUCUUCUUUACAGUAAAUGUCAUCAGUUCGAAUUAGUGUCUUAUUGAGUUUCUCGUUAUAGGUGUCCGCACAGAAAUCUAAAAGAUAAUGCUACAUGUUUGUUGAAAUAUUUUUCCAGAAAGGAAAUAAAAUAAAAAUAAAAAGUGA